CCCGUCACCGCCACCCAUUUCUGGCUGGAAAUCCGGCAAAGCUUGGGGAUUCUCCCUAUUUUCUUAUUCUAGAACGCCUAUUAAACCCAGAAAAUCCCAGAUCUGCGUCUUCCUCCCUCCUUUGUCCGUUGGCUGCUCUUGAUUGUGGGUGAUUUCUGGGCAUAUUUUCUGAUUUCCCGUGAGCUUCCCCUUGAAUUUUCUGCAGAGUGCCGCCGGCCUCUUCCCCCCCUGCAGCUCCGGUUCUUGCUGGAAAAUUCCGGAGUAAUCUCGUGACUUAGCCAUUGUUGGCCAAAGCCGUGGGUCUCCAUUGCUUGUCCGGGAAAUAGGAAUGAAUUUUGGUAGCUUUAAACUAUGUUUUUAAGUGUGGUUUAAGUAGAAAAUUAGCUUGUUAUGAUUGUUGUGAGAUUUUGGAGAGAAAUCCCGUGAGAUUAGUUAUGGUUUUGCAAUUUUGGAAGUUGAAGUUACUGUUCAUGGUACUGUUCAUAGGCACUGUUCACACACCAAGGGUCAACGAUUAGCAGGGAUUUAAAGGAUUAGUUUGUGAUAUAAGAAUAAGUUUGGAGAUGUCCGGUUAUGUGGAGAUUGAUAGAAAUAGCAUCGAGAUUAGGGGUAGUCCCGAUGAUGAUUUUACUUUGAAAUUGUGGUGGUAUGGUUAUUAAUUGUGGAAUAUUGUGAUUAGGUUUUGAUCGUUCUGUCACCGUAGCACGUGGGUUAGCCUUCUGUUCUGUGCGAGUGAGGUAAGUAAAUUAUGGUGAGAAUUUCAUUGUUUUUCUGGAGUUAUUGCACCGAGCAUGACUGGUUUGAAAUGAAACUGUUUUCAUUGGUAUUGAGUAGAGCAUGCCUAUUUGGAAUUGACUGAACUGUUUUGAUGAACUGAGAGUUUGCAAAUUCUGAGUUUUCUGUUAAAUCCAUGGUCACAUGGAAAUUUUCUGGUUUAUUUCUGAGAUUUGAGAUUGAUUGUGAAUUAUGGAUUUUUUGGAAAUCCUGCAUGGUUUUGUCUCGGAUAUAGUCAUGAUUACUGACGCCCGCUAGUGGGAGCUGUAAACGCUAGCACAUGUCGACAUGUAUUUCUGUAGAACCGGUUCGUCCUGCCAAUGGGAUAAAACAUUGGCACUAUUACUGACGCCUGCCAGUGGGAGUGUGUUAAACACUGCCACUAUUACUGACGCCUGCCAGUGGGAGUUUGUAAACACUGGCCAUGACUUAUAGAUGAGACUACUGAACUGAGUUUUCUUCUGCAUUAAUGGUUUGUCAUGAAUGCUUUGCAAUUAAACUGAAUCUGAUUUUGUCACUAAGCAUUUUGGUUAUAUUAAACUGUUUAUCUGGCAUGCUUAAAAGUUUUACCCAAGGGCUAUCCAUAUUUACUUACUAAGUUUUCUCAUAGUUUUCCUUGUCCACCAUUUCAGGAAGCGAAACCGAGGACGGGGAAACCGAGGGGAGUGACGAGUUAGAAGGCUAGCCAUUCUAGUUGGAUAUAAGUUUUAGAUUUUAUCAUCCUUUUGUAAGUGGGAUUUAUUCUUGAGAUUUGUGAUUUGAAUAAGUUCCGAGCCUUAUGCAUUUGUGGGACCCGUCUCAUGAGUGCACGGCGUCUGUCGCACCUCGGAUUUGGGUUCUGGGGCGUGACAGUUACU